GUGCGGUGACGUCACGCGUCUGCGACACGUCCACCCCUUGACACUUUCAAUGACACAUUUUUCUCCGUUUCUCUGGUAACGCGGGUAUUUAAACCACAAAGUGACUGUCAUGCAGAGAGCCGCACACACAGCUGUAUGUGUUGUCGCUCCAGCGAUGAUUCGUCGGUGUUUAAAGUGCAGAGUGCCCCUGCAGGUGAACUCACGUGCCUACAGUGUGGUCCCGACCCCGCGCGACAGUGAGGAGAAGGACAUGCUGGACCGAAUCCUGCGCGUGGACCACGCGGGUGAAUACGGGGCCAACCGCAUCUAUGCCGGGCAGAUGGCAGUGUUGGGUCGAUCUAGGACUGGACCUCUGAUCCAGCAAAUGUGGGAUCAAGAAAAGAAACACCUUCAGAAGUUCAAUGAAAUCUUGGCUGAGAACAGAGUUCGUCCCACAGCACUGUUGCCUUUCUGGAACGUUGCUGGGUUUGUGUUAGGUGCAUCCACCGCACUGCUGGGAAAAGAAGGGGCCAUGGCCUGCACUGUGGCGGUGGAGGAGAGCAUUUCAGAACAUUACAACAGCCAAAUAAGAGCACUGAUGGAGAAGGACCCCGAGAGAUACACUGAACUUUUACAAGUUAUAAAGGAAUUCAGAGACGAAGAGAUGGAGCAUCAUGACACCGGACUGGAGCAUGAUGCUGAAACAGUACCUGGAUACUGGCUACUAAAAAAUGCAAUACAGUUAGGCUGCAGAGCUGCAAUAUAUGUGUCUGAACGUGUGUAACAGUGUAUUAUAAUAUUGAAAAAUUUUCACCAGUGUUUGUUUUGAUAAGUUGAACUUGAAUUUGAAAGUCAGUUUUGUAAAUGAAGCACCUUGGAACAAGGUGUUGUACUGUUGCUGGAAUAAAAGUAUUGUAUACAAAUUUUCACAGUUAUACAGUGUAUAACACAUGGACUGUUUAAGUAGGUGGAGGUAACUGUAUUAAACAGCAGAUCUCUACACUCUUGUGUCUCUGUA